AUGUCCCAUCAUGCCUUGUGUCUUCCCUACAGGGCCGAGCCCAUUCUUCUCAGGAUCAAGGAGGACAGAACCCGCAUUGUCUCGCCGUCGUUUGACAACAUCAAGUAUGACACGUUUGAGAUCGAGGAGUAUCCGCUGUCUGCUCAUGGCUUUGACUGGGAGCUGUGGUGUCGCUACCUGAACCCGCCCAAAGCCUGGUGGACCCAGUACAACCACACCGCCCCUAUCAGGUCACUGUCAGCAUAGACUUAGGAAUCAACUGUUGUCUUGUGCUAUUUUACAGGCACUGUGUUGCAUUGAAGAAUCCACACAAUUUUGUGUCUGUGGCUUAUUCUAUUUGAUUUUAAUAACAUGUAAGAACAAUGUGUGCGAACCUGUUGCAUCAGUUUGAUGUAGAUCUCCUGGUUGUUUUUAGACAGCCGUUACUUAGAAACGUGGGAAAUCCUCAUUCUUGACGACAAAUAAAAGGAAUAGGCAAACAACCUUGUAGGUUUAUUAUUGAAAACAUUUAACAAUAAAUCAAAUGUGAAAAAUCUUCGGCUGAGCACAGAGGUGUUACAAAUACGCUAGGAAGUACUAGGAAGUAGUUCAUAGAACCACAGCUCAUAAUUGACUGUUUCUCUCUCUUUUUGACAUCUUUGUACCAGGAGCCCAGCUCUUAUUGGCUGUUUUGUGGUGGACAGGAAGUACUUCGAGGAGAUUGGCCUAUUGGAUGAGGGGAUGGAGGUGUAUGGUGGAGAGAAUGUGGAGCUUGGCAUCAGGGUGAGUGGAGUCCAAAUUAUAAUCAGCUCAGUAGUAUGCCAAAUCCUAACUUGAGAUCGGUCCCCCAUUGACAUCUAUGGUAACAAAGAGUCACUAACAGCAACCAAAACAAAACAAGUGGGGUUCUAAAAGACACUCAUGGGGGGUGUCCACUGAAAGUUGACAAGCAACGACAACUGGGAACUAAGACACCCACCAUGAGCGCCCACUAAAUUUGCCCAAGAAGAGGCAAAUAAAAUGAAAACCCACAACAAACUUAGACAGGAAGCAAACCAAAAAGUGGAGCAAAACAAAAACAGGGAAGAAAAGAUAAAGGAUUGUUUUUUUUAAAUCAAAAUGGAGAGAGCCAGCUAAAGGUGUUAACCCUCCACUUCUCUCAAGCCAACUGGAGCACUGUGCCAGCCGCUCUUAAAUAUCCCCUGUGCCAGUACAGGUGAAACGUCUUCUGACUAACGAGAUGACAAGCCAGCACAGGGUAACACAUACUAACGAGGUGACACCAAUCAGUGCGCCUAAGGUCCAAACUUUUCCAAUGGAAAAACCAAAACCUGUAACAAUAAUUUACACAACUUGAGUUACGUACAAACCCGGAAUCUCAAGUUAGGAUUUGGCCCAUAUUGACGACUCUUGGACUCAUUAGUGUGUGUAAUAAUCUGCAGCUGCUGUAUGUGAGUACCUGGAGGAUACAGCCAGUCAGCUCAGCCUUCCUCCAGAUGGGCCAUGAGGGGAGCUGCAGUGUGCCAGGGAAUACCCCAAAGCGAGCUGACAUUCACCCAGCUCAGCGACUUGUACACUUCCAUAGAGCUGAAAGUAUAUCAAACAAACCCUUAGAAAUGACUAUGGGACAUGCAUGCACACUCCACAUUAGUGAGACAGACACAAUGGGUCUUGUGUGGAUAUCUGUGCCUCCUUUCCCUUGUAGCUUUGUGGUCCUGCAGCAUCAGGAGGGAAGGGAACAGCCUACUCUUUGGGAGGAGUAAAAACUCCCUUCAAGACUGGGUGUUAAUAGAAUGAUAAUGGGUCAGAGCAGCUGUGGUUCAAGAUGUCACUCCAUAGGCUGUAUCUUACAGUAGCUUUUCUGAUUGGCUACCUUUAUCCUGCAGAAGGGAGAAAUGUGCUCUAUAGCAACUAUAUUGAUUUAUGUAUUGCAUUAUGGACCUGGCUGAAUGGGAAAUACUUAUUGUGUGGAAAUAUGGCAAAAGUUCAAGGACUGUCUAGAUAAUCCUAUUGAGACUGAAAUGAUGGUAUAACAAAUCCAUUGAAUUGGUGGUUCAUCAAGAUCACAAGUAUGCUGGAGUGACUUUUCAAUACAGUACGGCAAAAGUUCAGGGACCGAUUUUAGUGUUGAGUGUAUGGCCAACUUGAAAUCCUCUAUAGAAUGGCUUAUCUGCACUCUCUUAACAGGAUCUAUAUGUGCGAGUGCAUACGUAAUGUUGCAGAUAACAGACAUCAAGUCAUGGAUCAUCAGUGUUGUUGUCAAUUAUUAUGUAAAUGAGGCGUUUUCUUGACAGAAUCAGGAACUGCACAUCUGUCCACGGGGCAUAACAUCCCCCGUAAUGAAUAGUUGUAUUUAGGCCCGCCAAAACAAGGGAUGGGAUUUUUCUGUCUUUCUACAGAUGCUUCCUCCCUGGUACCCAAUAACCACAUGCUGUGCUUUAAUAAAUACUUCAUUUAUAGAUCUAUCUUCAUUAUAUUUGUGUUUAUUUACUGCCAUUAGAUUAUUUUAGUAUUUUAUCUCAGCAUGAAGACUUUUCACAAUUUACAACACAUUUGUUAGUUAGCCCCCACUCAACAUCUCAAUUAGCAAACUUUUAUUUUGAGUUCCUGACCAAGUUGUGUGUUUAGUUUAUGACAAUGAACGUGUGGGUAAAACUAUUUAGCACUCAUAAUAACUGAUAUAUUUCUAGUCUCAGCCACUAUUCUUCAUACCUUCCACACGCCACAGCCAGGUGUAAUGUUGUCUGCAGAUAUAGUUGUCUCUAGUCCAAAAUAGUAGGCAUGUGCCCCAUAUAAUCCCCAUGAGUGAUUUUCCUCUAAGAGAAAGAAAAGGGAGAGUUCUUGGGGGCUCUACUCAGACAUGUACUUAAAAAAGGAUGGAAACCUGAUUACUGACUUCCUUAUUUUAUCUAACCCUGUGUGUACUACUGAGCUCUGAACACUUCCAGGGCUAUAACUCAGCUUCCUACCUAUUUUUUUAAAUAUUUUAUAUGGACAAUGUGUGUAACUUCAGGUAUGGCAGUGUGGGGGCAGUGUGGAGGUCCUGCCCUGUUCUCGGAUUGCGCAUAUCGAGCGUGCUCACAAGCCCUACACUCAAGAUCUGACUGCUCAUGUGCGGCGGAAUGCACUGAGGGUGGCCGAGGUGUGGAUGGACGAAUACAAGAACCACGUUUACAUGGCCUGGAACAUUCCUCCACAGGUAAAGACCACAGCCUCCUGAGUUAUUCCUGAAAAUGCGACCUGACCAGGAAAACUCAAGGCCCUAGUCAUUUCACAGUCUAAAUGUGUAUUCCAUAUACAUGUUCUAUGUCAAAAAUAAGUUGUCAUGUGGGUAUCCUUGUGUUGGUGUGUCUCUUUCUAGGACUCAGGGAUUGACAUAGGGGACCUCACGGAGAGGAAGGCUUUGAGGAACAGACUGCAGUGUAAAUCUUUCAGGUGGUUCUUGGCCAACAUCUACUCUGAGAUGAGAACCUACAGUGACACCGUUGCUUAUGGAGUGGUGACUAUGUUAUAACUGUGCUCAGCAUUGUCUCUGUUGUGUUUCAUGUAUUAAAGUCCCUUUUCAUCUUGCGAAAUCUAGAGGCAUUUUGUAAUCAAAAAAUUGCAUCUGAGGACUAGUUUAUCAUCAUUAUACUGACAAUGUCAGUCAUAAAAAGUCAUGCUAUAGUGUGCAUGUAAUUUGAGGCAAAAAUGUGCAUACUGUACAUGCUGAAACAAUCUUUUGUAAUAUGUUAAUGAGAACAUAAAACAUUACUAUCCUAGGAGUCCAUUUCAAGCCACAGCUUAUGGACAUAACUCCAUUGAAGCAAUGAAAGGUUGAUAAAAAUAGGUCAGUUUUAUUCAAACAUGAGUAAUGAAACGGUCCAAAAAUGACCCGCCCACCCCUCUAAUGCUUUGCUUGGUUGUUUGAUGAGCACUUCAAAUCACAACUGUGUUAGAAUUAUUUUAUGCCAAAUCAUGACACUACUGAGCAUGUGUGGGAGUCAAGCUGUGAAUAUGAUUACAACUUGGUGAAACACAUAUGAAGAAUACAUAUUUGACAAGGAUGUGAUCACUAAAUCUCACAUGAUUGUUCUCUGAAAACUGAUACUCUGAAGUGCACUGUUGAGAUUGAUAUUAACAAGGAUAUUACAUUUACAUUUUAGUCAUUUAGCAGACGCUCUUAUCCAGAGCGACUUACAGUUAGUGAGUGCAUACUUUCUUUUUUCAUACUGGUCCCCCGUUUGAAACGAACCCACAACCCUGGCGUUGCAAACGCCAUGCUCUACCAACUGAGCUACACGGGACUACUAUAUUAUUCCACAAUAAUUUCUUGAUAAAUGACAGAAUAUAGAAAAAUACAUAAGGCGUAGUAGAAAAGUGCAUUUGUUAUUUAUUUUUGUAGCUGUAGCUCUAAACCCUGCUCCAAACUGCAUUUUCAAAUUUCUCCUGACUCAAUUUGUGGUCAAACAGAUGCUGCAGGACUAUUUUUGUCACAAUUAUUUAGUGGAAAAACAUAGUUCUUCCCUUGUUGAUGCGAGGAUAAUGGAAAACAAUUGUUUACACUAUUGUGUUAUGUUUUUCGAGGCAAACAGUAAUUAGCCUAAAGUGCUUCCAUUUGUCAAACUGUUCAUCACACAAACCAGUUGUGUGCUGUGUCAUUCUAUUGUUAAAGGACCAAUUAUCCGUUGUCGUUUGCCAGAUGGAAGAAGGCAGAGCUUAAGGGCAGAUUGUCCAUUAAGGAGCCUCUGGAUUCUUAAUCCAUCUCUGUCCCUCCUCCCUGGUUAUUGCAUUAUUUUCCUCCUCUCGGUCUGUCUCUUCCAGUUAAAGAACAUGCUGAGGAAUGACCUGUGUCUAGACCAGGGGCCUGAUUCAGACAACAUCCCCAUCCUGUACCUCUGUCAUGGGAUGACACCACAGGUGAGUGCCCUCUGA